AUGUUUCGUUUCUUCUAUCAUAUUUUUCUUUUUUUUUUCAAAUUCUUUCUCUUUUGUUUUUAUUCUUUUUUUUUUUCUAUUUCUAAUAUUUCAUUCUUACACAUUUUCUCUUCUUUUUCUCUUUCUUCCUUUUUUAUUAUUUUUCUCCAUUUUCUUUUUAUCUCUUCUUGCUCCUACUCUUUCCUUCCUCAUGUUUUCUUCUUUCCUUUUCUCGCCAUUGUAAUUUUCCGUCUUUUUUUUUCUCAUUUUUCAUUUCUCUUUUUUCUUAUUUCCUUCUCUUUGCUUCUCUUUAUCUUUUUCUUCUCUUUUCCCUUUUCUUGCUAUUGUCAUUUUCCGUCUUUUUCCAUCUCUUUAUUUUCUCUUUUUUUUCUAUUUCCUUCUCUUUGCUUCUUUAUCCUUUUCUUCUUUCCUUUUUCUCGCCAUUGUCAUUGUCCUUUCUUUUUCUCAUUUUUUUCUCGUUCUUUUUCUUCAUUUUUCUUUUUUUUGUUUCUUAUUUCUCUUUCUUCUAUCUUUUUUCAUUAUUUCUUUGAUUUUAUUAUCUUCUAUUCUUCUAUUUAUUUUCUUCUUUCUGUAGUUUUCCUUUUUUUUCUUCAUCUUUUUUUCUUUCUCGUUUUCUUUAGAUGUUUGCCUCUCCUUUUCUUCUUUUUUUUUCUUCUCUUUUUCAGUUUCCUCUUUCUCCUAACGGCCAGUUGUCAUUAUUCUCUUUUUCUCAUUCUUCCUUUAAUUAAUUCUGAAGGGACACAUCACAAAAAAAAAAGAAGAAAGUUUGUUGCUAGUGAAUCAUAA